UACAACUGUAGAGACAUGAUAGAAUUGUUCAUAUCACCACAGAACUUCAGAGAUGAAGCUGAUAACACUGUUUGUAGUAGUGGCAGCACUGACGGGGAAUGUCGCAGGAGUGUUGCCACCCGCUGAGAGAUCCUACAAGAUCCUGAUGCUCCUUCCUGUCUCCGCUAAGAGUCAUUGGAACAUGUUCAUGGCCAUAGCCGAAGUUUUGGCUGACCAUGGCCACAAGAUCGUGAUGAUCACCAACCAUCCAAAAGUUUCUACACAUCCAAAUAUUCAUGAGAUCCACCAUGAGCUGCGGCAUAUGAAAUUACCUGACAUGUUUAACAAGGGAAAGGAAAUGUCCGGUGGCUUAUCAGCUUUCCGUGAUUUCUUACCGGCUAUGUUCAGGGACUUGUACAAACUACCGUCAGUCAAGCACUUGUACGAAAAAAGGAAAGAGUUUGAUCUUAUCAUUGUCAACCACAUGUUUAAUGAGAUUAUGUACCCGUUCGUCCACGAGCUUCCCUUCAUCACUAUCGCCACCAUUGCGAUGGACCACCGACAGAGUGCCGUCCUGGGGAACGUUCUUAACCCUUCCUACGCCCCCAACUCCCUCGUUGGCUACCGCUGUCCCUUGUCUUUGUGGCAGAGAGUCAAGAACACAGUCAUUCACUCCUGGCUACCAUUCUACUGGAGAAAAUGGGCUAUUGUUCCACUCCUUCAGAAGGAGAUCUCAGCGCAGUUCCCUGACUUGCCGCCGCUGAUGGAUAUUGAGAGGAACCAGAGUCUGACCCUGAUGAACAGUCAUUUCAGCAUUACCACGCCGGUGCCCCUCCUGCCCUCACAAGUGGAGGUCGGCGCCAUACACUGCCGUCCUGCAAAACCCCUACCUCAGGAGCUGGAGUCGUGGCUCUCAGGAGCAGGUUCUACGGGAGUCAUCUACUUCAGUCUGGGUUCAGUCGCGCUCGGUGAAACCAUGCCACUAAAGUAUCGCCAAGUCUUCCUGGAGGCUUUCCGCAAAUUACCGCAGCGAGUCCUGUGGAAGUACGAAGGGGAGCUGCAGGAUUUGCCUGACAGCGUCAGGGUUAACAGUUGGCUGCCCCAGCAGGAUAUUCUCGCUCACCCCAACGUAAAGGUGUUCAUCUCCCAUGGCGGUCUCCUCAGCCUUCAGGAGUCCAUCUUCCACGCCACACCUCUCCUCGUCCUUCCCAUCUUUAGCGAUCAGCCCAGGAACGCCAUGUUUGUAGAAAACUCGGAUAUUGGCCGUAUGUUAGUGUGGGAUGAACUUACUGUCGACAGUCUCGUCGACGCCCUCACUGACAUUAUCAGCAACACAAAAUACAAGGACAAUGUGGUUAGGAUGUCGGCGUCCUUGAGGGAUCAACCGACGACACCACAGGAACGUGCAGUGUUCUGGACGGAGUACGUCAUCCGCCACCGAGGGGCGCCCCAGCUGAGGUGCCCCGCCGCCCAGCAAUCCUGGGUGGAGUUCCUGAUGCUGGACGUGGUGGGUCUCCUACUGGUGGUCCUGCUGUUACUGCUGCUUCUUAUCCACCGACUCCUGAGGGCUCUCUCUACCGUCCUCUUCAGCGAUUAUUCCAAAAAGAAAACUGCCUAAUAGAUUAACAAAAAUUAAUUUUCUAUGAAUUAAUUCUAUUGAACAUAAAUUAAAAAUUUCUGACAAUCAA